CGAGAGCCACUCGACCGUUCCGCGUGGGGCUCUGGGCCGCGGGAGCUGCAGCCUGCAGCUGUAGCCAGAGCAGGCAGGCACGGUCGGUACGUGUGAGGCGGGCUGCACAGCGCGCCUGACGGCUGGGCCUGCUUGGGCGAGCGCGCGUUGGCGUUGCGGGGUCGCCAUUCGAUUCGCACGAGGCGCAGAGCGCGGGGGAUUGGUAUUGGCUGGCCACCGCCUGUAGCCCUCUCCUGAUCUUCCUCUCGCCUCCCUCCUCUGCCUCUGCGCUUCACUUCAAUUCUCCUCCUCGCCGAGCGGGAGCGCCGAGAGAGAUGCGACCGCGAUGCCCCCACUCGUCCCCUCCCAGCUCCUACCACCAAUCCCAACCCUGAUCCUACCCGCGCCACCUCGCCUCUCCUGCCGCCGCCGCCGCCACCCGCCCGCACCGCUCGCCGCGUCGUCGUCCUCCUCCGCGUCCCCGCACUCCAGGCAACCAUACCGCCGCCGCCGCCUUGAAGCCCAGCGGCAGACACCGACGCCUGCGCCGCGCCCGCCCUCCCAGCCAAAGCCGCCUCCGCGCCACGCAAAUGCCACCGCGUCCCGCGCUCGGGGCCAGGAGGAGCUGGAGGCGGCGAUUUACGACUUCAUGUGCCGCUCCGCCAAGCCGGGAGCCUUCCCCACCCGCGAGGAGCUCGUCGCGGCGGGCCGCUCCGACCUCGCGGAUGCCGUCGCGUCCAGCGGGGGCUGGCUCUCCCUCGGCUGGUCCUCCACCGCCGCGGAGGGGCCCGCGACGAUGGCUGCGCCGCGCUCAUCGGGCGGGGGCCACCCUGACUACCCGCCCGAGACGGGCGUGUAUUACCGUGGUGACCUAGCGCCGGGCUCAGUGGAUGACUCCGAGUGGGAGGAGGAGGAGGAGGACGACGACGAAGAGGAGGCGUCAUCAUCUGGGCGGGAGCCGGAAACAGAGGAGACCAGGUUCAAAUCAGGAAUCGAGGGGAUGCUCACCAGGCUGCAGAAGGAUAGGGAGCAAGCGCGGCCACCUCCACGGAGUAGUACCCACGACACACGGGAACAAAGUGAUGAUGAUGCUUUAGCUGGCAACAGUGGCGCUCCUAGUCAUAUAGCGGCUGGCGGCAGACAUAUUCGAAGGGUACCUGAGAAUGGAAGUGUCCGUGGAUCUCAUUAUCAAAAUGGAAUAAUAGAGGGCAACAACACCUUAGAGAGUUCGAGCAAUGAUGCAUGGAAAACAUGGACCCUUGGCAAGGGUGGUUUAUCUCAUUUUGAAGUGGCUGAGGUCCUACCUACUGAAAGAAGAAAAUUAUCCCAACAUGGUGACAUUGCAUCUGUGCAAAAUGAUGUUCAAAGGUCAUCUAAUGGUGUGGCUGUAAGUGAUUAUCCUAGUGAUGGUGUUGGCACUGAAAGAGAUGAGAUACAUUCACGUCUUCAAAGUCUGGAAUUGGACCUUUCUUCUGCUCUGAAGACAUUAAGAUCAAGAUUUGAUAAAGUCUUAUCACAUAUGUCAAAUAGUAAUGGAGCAACUGUGCUAGAUGACAUCUCUGAUGAUUGGGAACUUGAGGAGACAAAGGUAAUGCAAGCUCAGGAGGAGCUUAGAUCAAUCCGGGCCAAAAUAGCUGUGUUAGAAGGGAAGAUCGCACUUGAGAUAAUUGAAAGGAACAAAAUAAUUGAAGAUAAACAAAGGAGGCUUGAUGAAGUUGAGAAAGCACUGAAUGAGCUCCGUACUGUUUGUAUUAUGUGGGCCAACCCUGCUACAGAUGUUUUGCUGGUUGGGUCCUUUGAUGGCUGGACAAGCCAAAGAAAGUUGGAAAGAUCAGAAAACGGCAUGUUUUCCUUAAAUCUGAGACUGUACCCUGGUAGAUAUGAGAUUAAGUUUAUCGUUGACGGUGUUUGGAAGAAUGAUCCGCUGCGACCCACCGUGCAUAACAAUGGGCAUGAAAACAACCUUCUGCUUGUCACUUGACUUGAAGUUUGCACCCGGUAGCAUUUUUGUAGAUCAUUUGCCUAGCACCUUGUCGGUCCCCCAUGUAACUAAUCAACUUUCCCUUCAAUUUUUUCUUUCUUUUCUAGAUAGGUGUGUGCAACAUAAACAGUGUAGGGUGUUAUUGAAACCUGUUGAGAUAGGAGAAGGAAGUAGAUGCAUAUUCUUUUGUUCCCAUCGUUCUCCCCGGUGUUGGUCCAGCUUCAUGAUUUUGUUUAACAAUGUUGUGAUGUACAUAUGCAGUGAGGUGGUCUAUUAUCGAAAUUAUUUCAAAAUU